CAGAGCAGGCAGCUGCAGCUGAAUUCAGCAUGGCAUCAGAAAAGAGCACAAGAAAGGACCUGCUGAAGGCUGAGGAGCAGCAGCAAGCGAGUGCUGUCAGUCGUGUGACCAGCUUGCCCCUGCUCAACUCUGCAUUCAACCUGGUCUCAUCUGCCUACAACCACACCAAGGAGACACAUCCUUGCCUCAGUGGUGUCUGCAACGUGGCUGAGACUGUGGCUGCCGUUGCAGUAGGCAGCAUGGUUGGUGGGGCACAGCCCAUCCUGAACCAACUUGAGCCACAAAUUGCCCUGGUCAAUGAAUAUGCCUGUAAAGGGCUGGAUCAGCUGGAGGAGACCCUGCCCUUCCUUCAGCAGCCAGCAGAUAAGGUCAUCUCAGACACCAAGCAGCUGGUUUCCACCAAAGUGACAUCUGCUAUGGAUGCUGCCUGUGAGGCAAAAGCAGCAGUGGCUGAUAAAGUGACUGAAGCUGUGGACCUCACCAAAACUGUUGUUGGGGACAGUGUCAAGCUGACCAGGUCAGUGGUCACCUCCACUGUCAGCAGCGCUGUGGAGGCUGCUCAGGGUGCCAAGGAGCUGGUGACCAACAAGGUGACAGAGGCAGUGGAUCUCACUAAGCACAUGGUGGAGGACAGCGUUGACCGGACCAAGUCUGCAGUGGCCUCCACCAUUGUCAACGCCGUGGAGGCUGCCCAAGGUGCCAAGGAGCUCAUGACCAACAAGGUGACUGAAGCUGUGGACCUCAGUAAGCACAUGGUGGAGGACAGUGUUGGCAGGACCAAGUCUGCAGUGGCCUCCACCAUUGUCAAUGCGGUGGAGGCUGCCCAAGGUGCCAAGGACCUGGUGACCAACAAGGUGACUGAAGCUGUGGACCUCAGUAAGCAC